AUGACAGAAUCCUACGCCCAAAUGAAUUCUUACAGCCAACUCGUGCAAGCACUCAAUGGGAUUCUCGGUUCGCUCGGGAAUGUCAUUGGUGGCAUGGCAUUACUUUGGAGUGCGUAUACCGCACAUAUAAACUCGGGCAAUCAAGCUGAAGCUAAUUACGCAUUGCAACAAUAUCGAGAUUGUGAACGACGGAAAGAAGAGCUGGAGCGGAAAGAACGAGAUCUUAGAGAGAGGAUUGCGCAAUGUCCUGCGUGA